AUGCCGAAGUGCAUUAAGAUGGAUCGUUUCCGAUAUAUAACCAAUGAAGCUUGGCGUGCUUUAAUAGCAAUCGAGAUGGGACUAAAAAAUCACGAAGUCGUGCCUCCAGAGUUAGCACUUAAAAUUUCUCACCUUAGACGAAGUUGUAUCGGCUUCAGCCAUCUAGUUCAAGAACAGUUAAUACUAAAUAGGUUGGUAGCCUACGAAACUGAUAACAAACAUUCGAUGAAAGGAUAUCGUCUUACCAACCUGGGCUACGACUACCUUGCUCUUAAUCAAUUUUUCAAAUCAGAACAAUUGGAAAGUCUAGGAACAAUGAUUGGAGCUGGAAAAGAGUCUGAUGUCUACAUUGCUGCUGCUGGUGCACGAUGUGGGCGUUCGUCAGAUGGCUCAGAAGGCCCUUUGGUUGAUUUCCCAAACGAAGGAGAUCCAGUCGUUGUUAAAUUUCACAGACUUGGGAGAACGUCUUUCAGAAAAGUAAAAGAAAAACGAGAUUAUCAUCAACACAGAAGUAGUUGCUCUUGGUUGUAUUUGGAUCGUCUAGCAUCUAGACGCGAGUUCGUUAUGAUGCAGAGCCUUCGGAGUAAUGGUAUCCCUGUUCCUAUCCCUUACACCCACAACCGAAAUGCUGUCGUCAUGUCAUAUAUUGCUGAUAGUCUGCCACUUUACAGAAUACUUCCGAGUAUUUUGAAUUCCAAUGAGUCUGCUUUUGCACGGUCACUUUACUACCAAGCCAAAAACAUAUUGGAAAGAAUUGCUUCUCUUGGUCUUGUUCAUGGUGAUCUUAAUGAGUUUAAUCUGAUGGUUUCCGAUUUGGACCCUGAAGAAAAUACGGAGAUUAGUAAUCCCAAGCUGGUUCUUAUUGACUUCCCUCAAAUGAUCAGUCGUGACCACAAACUAGCUGACACCAUAUAUGAACGAGAUGCAGAAGGUGUUGUCAACUUUUUCAGCCGUUAUUUCGAUAUUCCACUCAACGAUCUACCAUCUUCCCUCGAUUCUAUAAAACGAGUUGAUUAUGUCGACGUGCAUUUAAAAGCUCCGGGUUACAUCUCCAAGAAUGCUACCAACCGCCAUUCUAAACAUACAAUAGAAGAUUCACUCUUAGGUUCAGUUGCUCGACUUCAAUUAUCAUCAUUGGAAAAUAGCGAAGAUGAAGAAAAUACCUGUGACUCUGAUUCGGAUAGCAUCGAUUCUACUACGGAUUCUCAAGAAAAUGAUCAGUCGCAGAUUGAAGAUGAUGAUAAAUCUAAUUUAGAGGAAAUAAACUACAAUAAGAAUAAUAAAAAGGAUAUUAACAGUGUACAAGAGACAAAAAUUACAACGAAACCUGCCUUGAUUACUGUUGAGGAAAUUCGUGAGCGUAAUCGUCGUGAAAGAAGACAUCAAAAACAAGUUGACUUCAAUCGUCAAAUCAAACGUCAUAAUCGCGCUGCUAUAAAACGUCAGGGUCGUCUUAAUAUGAAAGCUGAAGCAUUACUUUUUGGAUAG